AUGACCGUGGCCGUGUUCAGAAUUGCCCCUGUCGUCGACGCUGACAUUUGGAGACCGAACUGGCCGCGUACUGACAUCGACCAGGGCGAAUCGACCUGGGCGGAAACGGCUUCAAGAUGUUCUUCCGAAGAAGUAUGGAACAACUUCCUGCCUUCCAAUUACAGCAAGUCGGAACCACCUAUCUUUAACGGCAUGGCUGUUCUAGUAAACGUAUCAAUGAAGAUCGUGGACGUUGACGAUAUCAACGAAAAAAGAAUGGACUUCCGCCUGCACACGUACAUCGAGGAGAGUUGGCGCGACCACCGACUGCGCAGCAGCCCCUUCGCCCAGAGGUGGCGCCGCAUGUCCGUGCCCCGGCGCGUGGCCCGCCUCAUGUGGGCUCCGGACGUGGUGUUCUCCAACACCAAGAGGAGCAGCAUCUUCCGACAGUCGGUCGACAGCGUCGCCUACAAGAUUGCGCGCGACGGAUCGGUGCACAGGCUCACGAGGUACCUGUUCCAAGUUCGGUGCCUCAUGACGUUCCACAAGUACCCGAUGGACAUCCAGCAUUGCCAUUUCAAGGUUUCCCUGCUCGCCACGCCCAACUCCAUCACGGAGCUCAGCUGGGACGGCAAUGUGGAUGACCAAGGGGAAAGUAGGGCCAUCGAGUUUGUCGAGCGGGUUGACCAAGUUCGGGAAACUGUAGGGCCACGGCUUUACUCGAUUCCUGCCCGCAUAGAGAACUACACUCACCUGCUGGCGAACUUCACGUUCGAGCGCCGCCUCACGGCGUCCAUCGUCAACACCUACAUCCCGAGCGGCCUGGUGGUGGUGCUGUCGUGGCUCUCGUUCUGGCUCGACGUGCACGCGGUCCAGGGUCGCAUCACCCUCGGAGUGACCGCCAUACUGACCCUCACCACGCAGGUCGUACAAUCCCGCACGGCGCUCCCACCGGUGGAUUACGUGAAGGCCGUGGACAUCUGGCUCUUUGCGUGCCUCAUCAGCGUGUUCACGUCGCUGCUGGAGUACGCUGUGGCCUACCAAUACGUCAAGUCCCAGCGAAUCGGUUUCCAAGGAGACGGUGCCAUGGCCGACGAGGACAUCACGGACAACGACAUGCUGGGCUCCGCCGGCUCCAUGGAGUCCACCGUGUCUCGCGGCAACCUUCCAGCGCCGUCGAGGUUUCCGAUCCAGCCGCUGCUCCAGCCGAACAAGCUUCUCGCCUUUGUCGCGAAGUUCCGCUUCUUGAGCAUCAGCAGCUCCAACGUGUUCGACAGCGUCUCCCGCGCCAUGUUUCCCUCGGUGUUCGUGCUCUUUAUGAUCGCCUACUGGGCUCACUACCUGCCCAGCGGAAAGCCCGGCCAUUGAUCUCUGGCGAUGUGCUAAAUGAAAGUUAUUAGAAAGGAGCUCAUUUGUAAAGAUAUCCACAUUUACGGAAUACCGUGCUACCGCAGUCUUGGCUGGCAGCAACAACACCGGUAGCAGCGUCUUGUGACGCAUUGUCAAACUGCAACGCGUUAGACCAGUCUUUGGUGCGAAAGCAUCAAAUGGCCCAUUGAGCGAAAAAGCCGGCGUCUGUAGCAGUGAAACGGCACCUAUAUUCCCAUUGACUGCGGCGCCAGUUCACGUGCGCGGCUCAACGGGG